GUCACUGUGAGCGGGCGUGGCGUUCCUCAUGGCAACCCAGAACCAGCGCUACACCUUAGUUGGGUUUUCUCGUGAACUGGACUGGAAAGCUUUGAACUUCGUGGAACCCAUUCCGGAAUACAAAACUUGCAAUGCCUGCGGACUGGUGCCCAGAGUGACCGCCCUUCUGCCUUGCCUUCAUGUGGUCUGCCAGAAGUGUUACGAACAGUGCCGGCAUGGUGAUGAGCACUGCUGUCCCCUAGAUGGGCAUCGAGUUCUGGAAGAAGACGUCGACUGGAGAAAGUUUACUGUGAAUACCCUGCUCAAGCGGAAGGUAAAAUGCUGGAAUGAAGAAAAUGGCUGUGACAUGGUUUUGGCCGCGUCAGAGCUCAACAAGCAUUUUUGCCAAGACUGUGACUACCACUCCGCACUGUGCCCUAAAUGUUCAACAGUAGUACUCUGUAGAAAUAUGUGCGCGCAUCUACAGAGCAAAUGCAGAAAUUCUGCGGUGUCUCCGACUUUUGCGACACCGCGAAUAUCCAACAGUGACCAAAAUGCCGUGAUUACGGCCCUGAAUGCAACCAUAGAGGUGCAAGUAGGGGAAAUUAAAGACAGGUUAGACUGCGUCGCGAAUUAUAGUGACCGCUUCGACAGUAUUUCACACUGCAUAAACAACAUGAAAGAAACGCUGCUACAAAGCUCAAUCGGAUGUUGUACGUUGGAGAGCGUUCCUUCACAAACUGCAGAUACUUUAUCGUCUGUUAGAGCAGUUCAGGAUACUUUGAUUGAUCACGGUGGAAAGCUGCAUGAGCUUGCGCGAACCAUAAAGAAUUCAAAUAAAAGCUUGAAGGGAGCUUUGGAAGACACGAAGCGAACUGUCAACAGCCUGAAAGAAGACAAUGCCGUAAACACGUUGCAAGUGGCUUUUAAGGACCGCUUGACGGCUGACAGCGACGUCCUCAAGAAAGUUUGUGAAAGCGUUAAUGAGCUGAAGGAAACCUUUGGAAAGGAGUUGCAGGUUGCAACGACGACAAUCUGUAGAAAUAUCACAGAAAGUGUCCCUUGCAUUGGUGAAACAAAAGACAGCAUGAAGAAAAGCACGCAGAGGGCCUUAGAUAACCAGAAAGAGCUGGCCUUAAAUACAGUGAGUGUUAAACGUUGCGAGUUUUUCGUAAAGGAUUUGAAAGCACAGAAAGACAUAGUGCAUUCAAAGGGCUAUCACGAUUGCCUGAGUGAGAAGUUAUACAUAUCUGGCUAUUAUGUGUCGCCAGGAGUGUAUCUUAAGAAACAGGGAGCGCAUAUUUUUCUGUAUGCUGGUGUUCAGCUGCACAAGGGAGUGAUCGACGAAUUCCUUCAGUGGCCGUUUAAUCAGAACGUUCGAGUGACCGUCGUACAUCCAUCGCGAAGCAAACAGCGCCAAUUUGUUGGACUUACUUGCCGCCGACUCGAGUGUUUCGGAAGGCCCGAAGAAUUGCCAAACCCCGGUGCUUACUUAGGCGGUUCAAUUCGCUUGGGCGAUCUGGAACGCGAAGGAUACGUCGUGGACGACAAGUUUUGGAUAGCGUGGGAACUUGUGCCAAAUGACGUAGCCGACUGAGAGUGAGGGGCAUUUUACGUGUUGCAAUAAGUACUUGUGCCCUUAAAUCUGGUCUGUAAAAACAUCGCUUUUCCUAACACAUUUGUUGCAUGCAAUAUAAAAUCUUC